AUGUUCAUAUCAAAAUUUUUAUUAGCAAGGUCACUUAGGUCUUCAUUUCAUGAGGGAACUGUGAAUCCAUUUUCAAAAGUCCAAUGGGUUUCUCGACCUUUUCUGAAAAAGAAUCUUCCGACUGUGUCACCCCUGGCAACACCUCACCAAAGCUUAGGGGCAAUCACACACAUGGACACAACAGCAGGGAAUUGGCACAUCAUUGACGCCGCAAAUAAAACUGUUGGAAGUAUCGCAUCUCAUGUAUCGGUAAUACUGCAAGGGAAACACCUUCCCACUUAUCAGCCAAAUAAAGUCACAGGGGAUAACGUUAUCAUAGUGAACGCAAUAAACGUUGUAAUGAACGGGCAUUCCUGGGAUACUAAAGUGUACAAAUUUGACAGAAAAGCACACCCAAAGGGUCCCAAAAUAAUAACCGCAAAGACCAUUAUGGCAAAUAACCCCGGAAUGAUAUUAAAUUUGGCUAUCAAGAGGAUGUUGCCAAGGAAUAAACUAAGACCAUUUUGGUACAGGAGGUUAUUUAUAUAUGGAGGUGCAAUACACCCUCAUUGGGGAAUACCUCAAGUAGUGGUAUCAGCACCUUCCCAUACGAAACACCUUUCCAGCCAAGUUGGUAAUAUUCAACCCAAUGAGAUGAAUGGUGGACCGUUAACCACUAAAGUUGGAGGUCCUGAUACUUCACUAUCUACGGUCCAAUCCUGUUACACAUUUUGCUGGGCUUGUUUUUCACCAAAUCCUAGUUUCAAAUUUAAAAAUUGGGGAAUCAUUGAAUAA